GCUUGUGGAAAUUCCUCUCAUCGGAAGGAUGUUCACUUGGAGCAAUAUGCAGGAUGACCCGCUCCUUGAAAAGGUGGAUUGGUUCUUUGGUUCUAGCGCUUGCUUCAAUAUUUAGAUUCGAGAAUUUUUGGGUCAAUCAUCCCGGCUUCUUUGAAGUUGUGCAAUCUAUUUGGAAUGCUCCUUGUCAUGCGUCUUCAAGUGUGAGUGUCAUCUCCAAGAAGCUCAAGCGGCUUAGAAAAUGCCUCAAAUCCUGGAGCAAGAAGUUAUCGCGCAUUGAGCUUCUAAUCAGGAAAAGUUCUGCUGUUGUUUCCCUUCUGGACAGAUUAGAAGAGUGCAGACCUCUCACCUCGGUUGAGAGCAAUUUCAGAGGAAUAAUGAAGAGGCAUAUCAUCAGACUUCUAUCCCAUAAGACUGAAUAUUGGAGAAAAAGAUGCACCAUCAGAUGGGUCAUUUUCGGGGAUGAAAAUUCCAGGUUUUUUCACUCUGUUGCCACUAGGAAUCAUAAGAGGAAUGCUAUCCCUCAGCUCAGAGAUGCUGCUGGUAACCUGGCUGAUAGUCACUCAGAUAAGGCUGCUAUUCUUUGGUCAGUCUUUAAGUCUAGAAUGGGUUCCUCCUUUUCUUUGAGUAUGCAUUUCGAUCUGUCUCAACUCUUCCGAAGGUCCCAUGGUCUGAAUGAACUCUGUGCUCCUUUCACAGAGGAAGAGAUUGAUAAAAUUGUGAUGGAUAUGCCCAAUGAUAGAGCCCCUGGACCGGAUGGCUUCAAUGGUCUUUUUAUGAAGAAAUGUUGGCAUAUUAUCAAAUGGGAUUAUUACAAACUCUGCAAUGAUUUCUUCAAUGGUCUCAUUGACAUUAAAGGAAUUAAUUCUUCUUUCAUUACCUUAGUGCCUAAGGUCCACUGCCCGAAGACUGUUAAUGACUUCCGCCCCAUAUCUCUUCUCAAUUCUUGCCUUAAGCUAAUCACCUUCAGAAGCUUAUCCUUCAGCUCAUACACCCCAAUCAAUAUGGUUUCAUCAAAGGGCGCUCUAUUCAGGACUGCUUAGCUUGGGCUUUCGAGUACCUCCAUCAGCGUAAGCAGUCCAGGAAGGAAAUUGUGGUUCUCAAGCUUGAUUUUGCAAAGGCUUUUGACACGAUCGAGCACGAUGCUAUCCUCCAGGUGCUUCAUCAUAUGGGCUUCAAUGAAAAGUGAUCGGCUGGAUGAAAUCUAUUCUUUCUUCUGGCACUUCUGCGGUCCUUCUUAAUGGCGUUCUUGGGAAAUUCUUUCAUUGCAAGUGUGGAGUUCGGCAAGGCGAUCCUCUCUCGCCCCUUCUCUUUGUCCUUGGGCUGAACUCCUGCAGGUCGUUAUCAACAAGGGCUGCGACUUGGGUUUGUUCAACCUCCCCCUGCAGACACAUGAUCCAAAUUUCCCAGUUAUUCAGUACGCGGAUGACACUUUGAUCAUUCUUGAAGCCUCUGGUCGUCAACUCCUCUGCCUCAAGGGACUUUUGGAGACCUUCGGUCAAGCUAUGGGCCUUAGGGUCAAUUAUGCUAAAUCUUGCUUAGUCCCCAUCAACACCUCUCGCGAAAAGGCAGAGCACCUUGCGGGUGUUCUUGGAUGUCAAGUUGGGAGUUUUCCUUUCACUUACCUGGGUCUUCCCCUUGGCAUUGUCAAACCUAAUCUGCAGCAUUUUAUGCCUUUGAUUGACUAUAUCGACCGUCGAUUAGCUAUUUGUUCGUCGGCUCUUUCUUUUGGGGGAAGACUGCAGGUGGUCAAUUCAGUU